UGGCUUUGUGCAGCUCUGACCGCUUGGGAUGGACUCAGUGGCUGCAGCUCUUCCCAUGGGUGCUGGCCGAAGUCCACUUGUGCUGGCCAGCACUUCAAUAGUCGGUUUGCUUCUUGUCAUCCUGUUCUACUUUGUGCAGAAGCGAAAGCGACCCAGGAAGGCAAUUGUGCCACCAGAUGGAAUCUUUGAUUUGGAGCUCCUGGGCUUGUUCAACGGAAAGACUGGGCCAAUCUUCAUGGGAGUGUGUGGAAAGGUGGUCAACGUUUCCUCCAGUGAGAACAUCAAGGUUGGAGAAGGCUAUGGAAGACUGUGGGCUGGCAAAGAUGCCACUUACGCUUUAGCAGUACUUUCCUUGAAACCGGAAGAUGCAAACAAACUGGAUUUCACUCUCAAGCAAUUCACAGAUGAGCAGCGCACUGCGUUGGCUGGCUGGUACAAGCACUUUACUGCCAGAUAUCCUGUGGUCGGAAGACUGCGCGAGUACGAUGGAUGGGACUUUUCAGACAUCGAAAAGGAGGCAGAAAAGCAGAGGCCGUUUGGCCUCAAGGAAGAAUCAGCGGAAGCAAAGCCAGAGCCAAGCUCCGAAGAGCCAGUGAUGCUCCGAGCCGGCGACAAGGUGAAGUUGCAAGGUUUGGAGGAUGAGAAUCUCAACGGUAAGGUUGGAGUCUUGCGGUCCCUGGUGGCAAGCACUGGCAAGUUCGCUAUUGAACUGGAUGGUGAUGAUGGCACAGUGCAAGUGAAACCCAGCAACAUCUUGAAGGUGUAGGGCGCUAGACAGUCGCUGCCACAACAUCCACAACGUACAUAGAGCGGCUUGUUGCCAUGAGACUGUUCUUGAGAGAAAAGAAGCAG